AUGAAGCGGUUGACUGCAGGUGGCAGCGGAGGUAGCAGCAGCGGCAGCGUAAGCUCGAGCGGAGAUCCCCGGAGACCAGACGCGGUUAAGAAGUAUGUCCCGCCGGUGGUGAAUGCGGAGGAUCUGCCGAUCGACAUGGCGAGCAUGAUGGCCAUUUUCUUCGGGAUCGCCGGCGUCAUGAUGCGGCAAAAGCUUGCCUGCUGGCUGGCACUUCUUUGCGCAGCACAAGCUCUGGCAAACAUGAAAUAUGUGGAGCAUGAUCUAAAGCAAAUAAUUACUGCGCUCAGCAGGAAUGGCAAGAAAAGCGUGGACAAUGCGCAGGCUAAGGGAGUGUCGGACGUACCUGACGUACCUGUGGAGGGUCCCGUCGGUGGUGAGAAAUCGCCUGCAAGCUCGGCGUCGGACACGGUUUUGGGUCCUUUCGAAGCUCUCCUGGAUCUGCCGAUUGGUGCUGAGCAAGCUGCUGGAUCAAGCCAGAAAGAGUCGGAUGGGAAGGAAGAAUCUGCUGCUCAUCUGCAAUACCCUGAUGCGGAGGGGGGAUCAAAGGAUGAGGAUGCUGCCGGUGACAUUGACAACAACGGUGAUGACUUGCAGCAAUCUGAAUCCCCUGGGGAUGAGGAUGAUGGUUACCUGAGUGAUGACUCUGACGAACAUCUGGAGCCGGAUUCGCUUAACAGUGUCAUUGCUCUUAAGCGAUUCUCACUAACCUUACUGGUGCCGAUUCUCAGGAGUGUUGAAGUCAAGCGUGCUGCAGUGACAGUAGCUGCGAUGCUGGAUGAAUGGAAGGAGCUGCUAUCGUCAGAAGUGCUGCAGACUACGACGUACCAAGAUCUAACGGCGGUGUACUUCUCUGGUGCACGCUACGGACGGCUGCAAGUCACUUUCAACAAUGUCCGGGACGCAAAUUUUGUCUGGAAUCAAGUCAUUCGCCAUGAGUGCGUAAACGGAGACUUCAUUGAUCUCGCCUGGCAGCAUCCGGAGGACGCGCGUUUUCUCCGUGAGCGUGUGCUGAACCCCAUGGCUAAGGAGAUUGUGGUAAAAAAUGUACCGGCGGACUUAACAGCGGAGUUGGUUCGUCGGCUGUUGGUGGUGUCGAAGCUGGUCAAGAGAGGAAGGAGUGCGUUCGUCAGCGGCUUUGGCUUCCAUCGGGUGGUUGACCCAGUGACUGGGCUGGAUACGGAUCGCAUCCGUGGUCUGAUUAUCCCGCACGCUGGUGAUGAGUAUCGGUGGAGGUAUUUUGUGGAAGACCCUACCACAGGGAAGCGUUACCUGCUGCACUACCCGUCGCUGACCUCUUCAGACCUCCUGAAACGCAUCAUGAGGGACCCGGCAGUUCUCCUUUCUUCUACCGGGGGUGCGCGGGAGGAGUGGAUCUGUGUUCAGGCAUCAUGCGAGAAGGCACAGGGAAACCGCUUCGAACAAGCAUCUUUGCACAUCGCAUCAGCUCGGCACAAAGGGGGGCUCAAGAAGGAGGGAUCGGCAACGCGUGUCAGUGUGUCUUCUCAGAAGAUGAUUGCGUUCAAGAGGGAGUACGUUGCAAAAUCGGCGAAGUGA